CAAAAUUCUACAUUCCAUUACAACAACAAUGGCAGAUUUUGAGAAAUGCUUGAUAUUCUUUGGUUGGCUGUAUUGGUCGAGAUUAGAAAUUUCUUGUGAAGAAAAUGUAGACAAUGUCAAAUAUCUAUUAUCGUGAAUAUCCCACGGCGGUAUUCCGCCCGUAAAAGUUAAUUUUUAUCAGUUCGGGUGUCCGUAUAAAUAUAAAUGUUGAUCUCAACCAUGCACGAGUAUGAAAAUAUACACUUUGAUUGUGUUGAGUAAUAAAUGAGCUAUUUGAAAUGUAAUACUUCUUUAAACUUUGUUGAUUUUAAAUUUGUUCAUUUAAUUUCACCAUCGUCGAAUGUCAAGACAACAGAUUGAAGUGGAUAUGAAUUAUUGUUAAGAAUUUAAUUAUUGUACAGUAUUAACUAUUGCCAACAGUAUAUAUGGUUUGGUUAUCGGACAAGGAAAUGGUCUUUUCGACAAGCCUCCAAGGGCAAGCUUCGCAUGAAGCUUUGCUCAGUAGACAAGAUGCUGAAAUCAAGCUUUUGGAAACAAUGAGACGAUGCUUGACAACGAAAGUUAAAUCUGAUCGUGAAUAUGCAGCAACUAUUACUUCUUUAACAUUGCAGGGUAAAAAAAUAGAGCGCAGUGAAGAUCUUGUUGGGAGUUUGAUUGCACAGAGUUGGAAAGAUAUUAUGGAAUCGAUAGAUCAAACUGCAAAAUUAAUUAAACAGCAAGCAGAUUCUAUAGAAAAUAUUGUUAUAGAACACAUUAGCGUUUUGUAUUCUGAACGAAGAAGAGCAAGAAAGGUUUAUCAAGAGGAGCAAACUUGGUUGAAUAAUCAAUUCCAACAGUUGACGGAUGAUGUUGCCAGGAAGAAGAUGGAGUAUCAAAAAAAUUUGGAGGUAUAUAAGUUGAUGAGGUCUAGAUUCGAAGAACAUUAUAUUAAAUCUGGUCGAGGAGGUAGGAAGUUAGAUGAAGUAAGAGAAAAGUACCAAAAAGCUUGCAGGAAGCUACAUUUAACGCACAAUGAAUAUGUUUUACUGUUGGGUGCUGUAACAGAAUGCGAAUAUGAUUUAAGGACUUGUUAUUUGCCUAGUCUACUUCGUCGACAACAAGCUAUACACCAAGAGUUUAUUACAUCAUGGAAAGAGAUACUUCAUGAUAUAGUAAAAUAUUCCGAUUUUACCACUGAUAAAUUUUUAGAAAUACAUUCAAGAAUGCAAAAAGCCGUCGAUACAGUUAAACCUAUCGAAGAGUAUAGAGAUUUUAUAGGGAAACAUAAAACUAGGGCAGUUUCACCAAUAAGAUUCACCUUCGAUGAGAAUCUCGUAGAUGAUACUUCAGGAAAAUUACUACCCAACAAAUUGACUGUGGAUAAUUUAACUAUUGAUUGGUUAAGAAGUAGACUUAACGAAUUGGAAAUUUCUCUUAAAGCAACACAACAAAAUCGUCAGAAUCCACAAUUUUCUCCUGGAUAUAACAGCGAUUCUAAGAUUUCUACCUUAGACUAUUCUAUUGAAAGGGAAGAAUUGAGACUACUUUGUCAAGAAAAAAAAUUACAAAGACAGGUUGAUGUUAUCAGAGCUGCUCUUAAUGAAUUGGGAUGCGAAGAAUUGCCUUCAGGAUGUGAUCUAUCUAUGGAAGGCUCGUACACCGACCCUCCGGCAAUAAAUAAGAAAAGCACAGUUGCAGAUAAUGGUUUGUUUACACUAAGAAGAAAUCAACGCUUUCUGACGAUAAUAAAGUCACCUUUCAAGUCUUUGCCAGCAAUAAGUGAUUCGAAAAAUGGAUUAAUUAGGGCCAGUAGUGAAGGUGUUACAACAAAAGCAGACAGUGUUCCCCCAGUUGUACCAUUACGUUAUGUCUCACAUUUGACCAAUAAUCAAAAAGGAAAUGGAGAUUUAAUGGAAGAAGAAUGGUUCCACGGUGUUCUACCAAGAGAAGAAGUUGUAAGAUUACUUGUUAAUGAAGGAGACUUUUUAGUGCGUGAAACAACAAGAAAUGACGAAUGUCAAAUAGUUUUAUCUGUUUGUUGGGAUGGUCAUAAACAUUUUAUUGUACAAACUACGCCAGAGGGACAUUAUAGAUUUGAGGGUCCAACAUUCCCAUCAAUACAAGAAUUAAUUGGGCAUCAAUGGGUGUCUGGCUUACCUGUAACCAGUCGUUCUGGGGCUAUUCUUAAAACACCAAUAUUACGCGAACGGUGGGAGCUUAAUAACGAUGACGUAAUUCUUCUUGAAAAAAUAGGUCGAGGCAAUUUUGGAGAUGUAUACAAAGCACAGCUUAAAAAAUGCAAGACUGAUGUAGCUGUAAAAACUUGUAAAGUAACAUUGCCAGAUGAACAGAAAAGGAAGUUCUUGCAGGAAGGUAGAAUUUUGAAACAGUAUGAUCAUCCAAAUAUAGUUAAACUUAUUGGCAUUUGUGUUCAAAAACAGCCGAUUAUGAUAGUAAUGGAAUUGGUCCCAGGGGGAUCAUUGUUAACAUAUUUAAGAAAAAAUGCUAGCACAAUUACUCAACGAGAACAACUACGAAUGUGUAAGGAUGCAGCUGCAGGUAUGCGUUAUUUAGAAUCAAAGUAUUGCAUACACCGAGACUUAGCAGCUCGAAACUGUCUCGUAGGUUACGAGUCGAUAGUGAAAAUCUCUGAUUUUGGAAUGUCAAGAGAAGAAGAAGAAUAUAUUGUAUCGGAUGGAAUGAAACAAAUUCCUAUCAAAUGGACUGCACCAGAGGCACUUAAUUUUGGUAAAUACACUUCGCUUUGUGAUGUUUGGAGUUAUGGUGUUCUUACGUGGGAAAUAUUUUCUAAAGGUGGUAAUCCAUACAGUGGUAUGUCAAAUUCUCAGGCACGUGAAAAAAUUGACGAAGGAUAUCGCAUGCCAGCACCAGAAAAUGCUCCGGAUGAAAUAUAUCGAUUAAUGUUACGUUGUUGGGAAUAUGAACCAGAAAAACGACCACAUUUUGAACAGAUAUAUACCGUUGUUGAAACAUUAUCACAAGCUUAUUUAUAAAUAAUUAUCAAUGGCACAUAUUUUUUUACAAAUUUACAGAAAAAUGUAGUUUUCAAAGGCAAUUGUAAAUUUAUCUUAAUAUCGACGUAUCAGGAAAAAAAGUAAAGUAUUUGGAAAACUUAAUAUUUAAUCAAUAAUAUUUUGUAUCUGUACAUUUUUAUAAAAUUAACAUAAGUGAAUAUUUUCUCUUUUGUUUUAUGAAAGAUAUAACAUUUACGAUCGAUAUUUAAUUGAUAACUUUGACAAGAUAUAAAUGAUAUAUUUCAUAUCCAAGGUGCUGCAGACAAUUAGGUAUUAUUUUAACGUAGUUUCUUUGAUUUUUGAAAUUAUUGCAAUUCUAUGUUAAUAAUCGUUUAAAUUUUAGCUACGUUAUCAAAUUUAUUAUUUUAUUUACUUAGCAAAAGAUCUAUCCAAAAUUUCAUUGCUAUGCAUUAGAAAUUAUUAUAAGCGUCCGUCCAUGUUACAUUUUUAUAGAAUCUGAAUUUCUGUUCUUUGGUAUUAAUCCACUUAAGUUUAAAUUUUAGUCAAUCUUUUUUUCAGUAUACUUUCAUAUUCAUAAAAAUAAUUUAUAAAAACAAAAUUUUUUGUGGACGAUCUUUAGUUUUACUUACGAAAUAUAUUUUUACGUUAGAUAUAUACAAUAAAGUCGAUUUAUAAUAUUUGUAAAAGAUUUUAAAAAUAUAUUAUUUAUAUAAAAUAAUCAAAGAAAACAUACCUCGUAUUUCUUUACAAGAAAAUACUUGUGUAUAUAAAAAUUAUUAUUCUAGCUUUGUUUAUAAAAAGUUCAAGCGCAAUACAAUACUUGCUGGACGAAGUAUUUCAAUAGCAGUAUUAAAAUAUACAUAUAUAUAUUUACGUAUAUAAUCAAUUUUAAUGAAACUCUUAUUUUAUUUUAUUUAAAUACCAUUCAAUAUAUAUGUGCACAAUCAGUUUUUACUUCUCAUCAAAAUUUAUUGGAAAGAAUUUUAUUAUAAGUGAGCUUGAUGAUGAUAAAGAUGUUUUAAUUUUAAGCGUGCAAUAUUUAUUAUAUCUAUUUUAUAGAUAGCUCCUGUCUUUGAAAAAACCUUGCAUUUUUUUUUUUAUAAAAUCAAAGAUCGAUUUCGAUCGUUAAAAAAAAUUUCUCGAAGGAAUUUUUUUGUUAAACGGGAACUAUCCAUAUAGAUUUUAUUAUCGUAUGUAUAUAAAGUGUGCAAAAGUAAAUAAGUAAAAUUACUUUCCCUUAAACUUUGUAUGAUGUAUGAGUAUCUACUUCGUUGUAAAGCAAAUUAUAAUAUUAUAAUAUCAUAUAGAAAAAUUGAUACCGUUAUGGAAAACGUAAUACUAGAAAUAUGUUACAUAUAUGUGUUUAUUUUUCAGUCUUCAAUGAACUGGAUAUAAAUCUAAUCAAAAAUUGUAAUCCCAAAAGAUGUUGGUGUUCACGUUAUGUAUAUAUAUUAUUAUGAUCUUUAUUUUUAUUGCAUAUUGUUUUCUUUUUAAUUAUUAUUAUUAUUAUUAUGCAAAUAAUUAUACAAAUUUAUGAAAAAAUUUACAAUUAAUCUUAUAUUUCAAGUAUAUAAAAAUGUUUUCUUUUCUUA